CUACUGGACGAGGACGCGUUUAUCGGCGCGCGAGUGAGCCCGCAAAUCAUAAAACAAUAAUAGCCGGAGUCGUUUCGUUCGCAUUUGCAUAAGUCAAGAAGACGAGAAGUCGCAGACGAGAGAAAUACAAACAAAUCCCGGAAAACAAGUUUAUUAGUCAUCUAGUUGGACCCGUAUAUUUGCCAUCAUCAUCUGCGACGGAACAGCCAGAAUAUUGUUAUUCGCACAUCAAUUUCAACCACAUCGACCAAUAUUUGUGAUUUGUGGGCCUAACGGACAAGGCAAGCAUCGCCACUCGUUGUCAUAAUCGCGCAUUCAUAGAAAACAGAGGCGAUCGGUGCUAAUAAUUUAUCAUUUUGCUCUGAAGAGCAAUAUUUGGUUGGGAUGAGAUGAGUCUACUGCUGCUGCGAUCUCAAGUGUUCAAGUGAUCUUAACGGGCUGUGUUUUAAAGUGGUUGUUCGACGUAGGACUACGUCCAAUUGUUUCGAUCGCAAUCAGUGGGAAUGAUAAAGCGAGCAAUGCUAUUUCAAACGAGUGCCUUCACCAUAAGCGUAGUAACCUUAACGGCUGUGAUAAUUGUGGUUUGCGGUAGCGACAGUGCCGAAUCAGGAAGCGGAAACCUAGGGAAUUUGGAACGAUAUGCUCGGAUUUUCCCAACCUUUUGGAACGGUCAAAAUGAGGUGAUACCUUUCGGCGAAAGUCACCAUCGACUGGAGCAGUUGAGCGUGAGUUUCCUCAUGGGCGGGGAAAAUGUGACGCUAGAUCUGUGGCUGAACGAUGCGCUGCUACCGGCGGAGCACUUUGUCAGCGUUCAAGAGCGGGGCGAGGAUCGCGUUCGGAAAGUCCAGGAGCACGAGGUGCCAAUGUGUCACUAUCACGGUACCGUCCGUAAUCGACCGGAAGUAUCGCAGGUGGCCAUUUCCAUCUGUGAUGGUAUUCGCGGAGUAAUAUAUGAUGAAGACGAUACUUAUCUGUUGGAUACGGAAGACAAUGAUCUCAAUGAGAAGGAAAUCUACGUGUACAGGCGACCUAGGAAUGAAUCGCAAACCAAUCGGGUCAAACGAGCCUUGGAAACAUCCCCAACUGCCCCGGUGGAUUCCAUACGUUCGGCGUACAAGUCCAACGCCGCAUCUAACUACGUCGAACUGGUUCUGGUGAUCGAUAAUAUGCUCCAUCGCAACAUCAGGAACGAUCAGCAAAUUCACCGAUACUGUCUGGACUUGGUGAACGUGAUGAACGCCAUCUACCGACCGCUCAACAUCUACAUCGCUCUGGUAGGGGUGGUGAUCUGGUCCGACAAGGACCAGAUCGAGAUCAGUUCGGACUCGAAGAAAACGUUAGAAGCUUUCCUGAGCUACCGGAGAAACACCCUGCUGAAGAUGAUUGCGCACGACAACGCACACCUGCUAACAGGAAUACACUUUUCCGAUAGUGUCGUGGGUAAGGCGGAAAUGGGAUCGAUGUGUACGUACGCCGGAUCCGGAGGAGUUGAAGUGGUGGACACGAAGUUCGUAGCCCUUCAGGCCAGCACGAUUGCACACGAGAUGGGUCACAACUUCAACAUCGAUCACGACGGGUCGGAUUGUCACUGCCCAAAUGGUAACUGCGUUAUGGCGUCCAGGACAGUACGCACUCAGGCCGCUCCCAGUCAGUGGAGUUCGUGCAGUGUGAGAGAUUUGGAGACUUCCUUCCGGCACGGUUUGAAUUCGUGCCUGAAGAACAAACCACCGAAAAUGUUCGUGAAAAGUACCUGCGGCAAUGGACUACUGGAGGCAGGGGAAGAGUGCGACUGUGGUUUGCCCCACGUUUGCGAUACAAAAUGCUGCGAUGCAAUGACCUGCCGAUUGACAGUGAACGCGACUUGUGCCAGCGGGGAGUGCUGUGAUCUGGAGAGCUGUCUACCGAAGUCUGCGGGAACCAAGUGUAGAGCGGAAGUGGGUGAAUGCGAUUUGGCAGAACAUUGCGACGGAAAGUCUCCACUAUGUCCACGGGAUGUUUUCUUGAGGGAUACAGAGCCUUGUGCGGGCGGAAAGGCGUAUUGUUACAAAGGAAUGUGUCGAACAAGAGACAGUCAGUGCAAAGUUCUCUGGGGAUCCACUGCGAAAUCAAUCGACGAAUACUGCUAUCAAACGAAUAGAAACGGAACGAUUUUUGGGAACUGCGGCAACAAUUUGCUUACCGGAGAAUACACUAAAUGUAUCCAGGAGGACAUGUUGUGUGGACUGUUGCACUGUAGCCAUCGAAACGAAAAGCUGGACUUUGGCAUUCAGGCGUACUCAAAGCUAACCACAACCAAAUUUAGUCACUAUGGUCCGAGAGGGACUGUGAGGGAAACAAUUUGUAAUACUGCUAUUGUAGAUCUGGGACUGGAAGUCAUCAACCCCGGUUUGGUUCCGGAUGGUGCUAAAUGUGGGGCAGGAAAGAUGUGUUGGAAUCAAAAGUGCGUAUCUUUGUCUCAUUUGCAAGAGAAUGACGUGGGUGAAGAUUGCGCAGAUGGCUGCAAUGGCCAUGGAGUGUGCAACAGCGAAGGGAACUGCCAUUGUGAGGUGGGUUAUGGAGGACAGUUCUGUGAGAAGUCGGGUGAAGGAGGCUCUAUUGAUAGUGGGCCGAUUGUCGAUCCAGAAGAUUCAUUCAAUACGUUCUGGUCAUUCUUCGUGCCGUCUAUUUUGCUAUCGUUUGCAAUCAUAGCUGGAGCUUAUUUCUAUCGAGAUAUCAUCACUGAAAUGCUUAGAAAAAUACUUUUGAAACUUCGAAUGCGAAAGUACGGCCACAUGGUUCCGCCAGCUUCUCCAACUGCCACAGCGCCACCAAAGCCACCAAGAGUCGAGAUUUCUGCACCAACGUUCAGCACAUCUACCUUCAACACACUACAAUUUCCAAAGAAAAUCGAUACCCUUCCGAUUCGCUCUGCUCCCGCUCCUCCAUCAACUAACCCCGAACCAGCGCAACACUUCAUCAAAGUAAACAUCAACAACAACGGAAAGAUUACCAUUGAGAACAAGGUAAUUAGCUCACCCUUCAUGUUGUCUUCGACACUUUUGGAUGCUCACGAGGCCAUACAUGAGAUCAAAGCCAAAGGUCCUCCAGCAAUUCUCGAGCAACGCUCCAUAAGCGUAGACUCUGACAGCCCUCUCUUGAACCCCAUUACCCAGCAGCCCGCCAUAGACACCCCACCCAACCCUGGAACCCCUGAACCCGAUCUCGGCAUGCUCAUCAGUCAAGUCAAGCUCAAAAAAGUACACGAUUUUCAAUCCCAUCGGUCAAAAAGUGACGAGAAACCUGCACGCCGAUUGCCCCAACUGCCCCGGCAGAAAACCAUCGGCGAAUUCCAGAGCGUCGUCGCCGAAGUUCAUCCCAAGCGAAGUCCCGCCACAGAAGAGCCACCCUCGCCGAGCCCCUUCGCCGAGGUUCAGCUGAAGAAAAUCAAACCUCGUACCCCAAAUCUCCAGUCCCGAACGGACCUAGAUGAGAUCAUCGAGGAACAACCGAAUGCCCCCUCGAUUGCCGGCACAGCAGCCGCCAAACAGCGACCGACUGUUGCGGUGAAGCCAUUCCUCAAACCUAGUCUACCUCAGAAACCACAGCAAGACAAUCUAUCGAAACCAGCUAGGAAGCUGCCACAGAUUCCGCCCGCAAUAGUGACGAAGAAGCCCACGACGAUUGGAGCGACGUCGUCGGGCAGUGAUGGUAGUAGUAAUAGUAGCAGUAGCAACGUUAGUAGUGUUGCAGCGCUGAAAGCGAAACUAAAUCUCGAACAGAUUGCUUCCGCCGGCGGAAUCAAGCGGUGAUUUUAGGUUAGUAGUUUGGAACUAAUUUAAUUCGAACUUGUAGACAAUUUUGUAGAAAUGUUGUAUUUGAAAGCAAUUUUUGUAAAAUUUAUUUGUAAUCUUGAAACAAGAUUUAACGAAACAAUUGUGAUUUGACGAAACAACAAUCGAUUACGACGAAAUGGUGGAAUAAGUACUUAGCAUAUCAGCAUUAGUGGUAGGAGUAAUUGUACAUAGGUACAUUGUUCUAAAGAAGUAUUUUUAACUAGACUGCUUACCAAUAUCAAGGUUAGGUGCUUAAAGUCACAUAUCAAAUAAUAAUAAACGACUAGUCAAUUAGGGUUACUCUAUUUUAAGGAUUGUGUAUAUAA